AGUAACAGUGUGGGCGUGGCGUCGGGCGGACGGGAGAAGUCUGGUAGAAGUUGCCUCCCGGUUUCCGGCGGUGACCGUAUCGGUCUGUGGAGAGAGCGGGGCGCGGAGCUGUGCACCGGACGGUCCGGGAUUCCUGUCGGGUGAACACAAGCAUUCUGAUUUAAGCCAGCUUGAAUUAUCCACGUAAGCCACCAUGGAGGAUGAUAUGAACAUAGAAGGCAUCCAGCUCCAAGCAAAUCAGGUCACUGAUGAGUCUCUAGAGAGCACGCGCCGGAUGCUGACCCUUGUAGAGCAGAGUCAAGAUGCAGGAGUGAAAACACUGACUAUGCUGGAUGAACAAGGCGAACAACUAAAACGUGUUGAAGAAGGACUGGACCAGAUCAACAAAGACAUGCGCGAGGCAGAGAAGAACCUGACAGAACUGAACAAGUGCUGUGGUCUUUGUGUCUGCCCAGGAAAGAGGGGAAAGAAUUUUGAAACUAGAGAAGCGUAUAAGACGACAUGGGGGGACAAAGAUUCAGGCUCAGCAGAUGUGGUCUCCAGGCAGCCCCAGCAGAUGAAUGGACAGCAGCAGAGCGGAGUCGGACAGAGCGGCGGAUACAUAAAGAGGGUUACCAAUGAUGCCCGGGAGGAUGAGAUGGAUGAAAAUCUGCAGCAGGUUGGCAAUAUGCUAGGAAACUUGAAGCACAUGGCUUUAGACAUGGGCAACGAAAUUGACAGCCAGAACAAAAUGAUUGACCGGAUUAACGACAAGGUGAUUGUUAAUAAAGAUCGCAUUGAUGAAGCCAACAUAAAAGCCAAGAAACUGAUUGAGUGAAAAAUAGCGGCAAACUCUUCCCUUCAGUUCCUGUUUAAGCUGUUUAAUUCUUUUACCGUGACGGCACAAUAUGAGAAGAGGUUUUAGGGAAUGAAGCUGCCCUGUUGUCUUGUGCAUUAUGUAUUCACAAAGAUCCAACUCAUCCACUUUCACUCAUCUCAGUCUUGGAGAAAUAUUCCAUCCCCACGUUGUAUGAAAUCCACGGCUGCACAACUGUUCUCAUUGAUUGUGGUUCCUACCAUACAAAUUUAUUUAUUUUUUUCCAAGACAAUGAAAUUUUGAGAAUGUGUUUUCCUUUUGUGUUUGAUAGCAGAGUAGCAAGGAAGUAACAAUGUCUAAUAAUGGUAGAUAAAGGCCACUGCAUAUAGUUCUGUACCCAAAAACUAAAUGGGCACCAGUCAACCCAGUUACAUUGUGCCUGUACUUAUCAAGUCAGUGGAACUAAGCAUUCCCAUUUUAAUUCCAUAAAUCAACCAAAGACGCUGUUUGCCCAAUUAGCCAUCAGGUAAGAUAGAAAGGCUCUUAAUAUUGUGUGUGUGUCUUAAAUCUGGGUACUGGGAUUAAUCCAUGGAGGAUGCAUAAGGCCUCUUCACAGGGGCGUAACGUGGACACAUUUUGGCAUCUGUAUUACAGCUGCAAAUUCCGGCCUGACUAAUGAGCUGAACCUGGGGCAUCCUGGAUCCCUAUGAGGCUGUAAGUUUGGGUCACAACGGCCCUCAGUUGGGUUUGGAGUUGCACUUGCAAUAUGGACUCUAGGUAAUGCUCCCACACUAGGACUGUCUGAAUGAGCCCUAAUUCUAUAUGCCAAAUUACAGUCAAUGUAAAAUGUACAGAGAAGUUUUAUUAUUUUUCUUUGCCUGGUCAGUAUUGGUUUUAUGAAGAGGAGGGCCUGUCGGCAUGAAUUCUGUUAAAAAUCCAAAUCUUUAAAUCUGUGAUAACUGGCCAUUCGUAUGGGGGGCAGAGAUAUACUCGUACCACGUUACUGUGAACAGUUGUGGCGCUUUUUUUUUUUUUUUUUUUUUUUUAUAUAUAAAGAAAGCAGCCAUGGGUAUGUAGACGCCUGUUGAAGUAUCCUCUGGUCUCUGCUGAAUACAUUCUGGACUGGCAUUGAGGCACCGGCAUAGGAUUUAUCCAGCAGAAAUCAGACUCUUUUUACUUCAGCUCUUUUUUUUUUUAAAGUAGUAAUUGUUGUGCACACUUUGCUGUUGCUGAAAAAUCUAAUAUCCUACAGGCUUCUCUACGGGUGUCUUACUAAUCUGUAUAAUCUUCAGGGGCUUACAUUGUAUG